AUGAGUAAGUUGCAUGCAAACUUAGAUAAUUAUCAAGUUUCAAAUUUGAUUCGAUUUUCAAAAUAUUUCUUACCCAUCAAAUUUGAUUCCACUGUCCACCCUGACCCCUCCAAAUUCUUCUCUCCAAAUUUACUAUCCAAACCCCUCCCUACAAACUCUUUCUUCCAAAACUUUGUUCUCAAAAACGGUGACCAACCUGAAUAUAUUCAUCCAUACCUCAUUAAAUCAUCAAACUCAUCACUUUCUGUUUCUUACCCAUCACGUUUCUUAAACUCUUCUGUUAUAUCCCAAGUUUUCAAUGCUGAUCUUACCAUAACUUCUUCUACAAAAACUUCCAACGAAAAACACAUAAUCUCUUCUUACAAUGACCUCAGUGUUACCUUGGAAAUCCCUUCUUCAAAUUUACGUUUUUUUCUUGUUAGGGGAAGUCCUUUUUUGACAUUUUCUGUCACACAACUAACCCAUCUUUCUUUCACUACAAGCCAUGAUAUUCUUUCUUUUUAUUCGAACGAUUCCCUUACAAAGUUUACAUUUUACCUUAACAAUGGUCAAAGUUGGAUUUUGUAUGCUUCUACACCGAUAAACUUGAGUCACGGUCAUAGGUAUAUAGCUACUUCUGAGGAGUUUUCUGGCAUUAUUAGAAUAGCUUUGUUUCCGGAUUCUGAUUCAAAAACUGAAGCUGCUCUUGAUAGGUUCAGUUGUUGUUACCCUGUGAGUGGUAAUGCUGUUUUUACAACACAAUUCUGUGUUGAGUAUAAAUGGCAGAAGAAGGGUUCAGGUGAUUUGCUACUGUUAGCACACCCUUUACAUAUUCAACUUUUGUGUGACACUAUUGAUUGUGAUGUUACUAUUUUGAGUGAUUUUAAGUAUAAAAGCAUUGAUGGAGACCUUGUUGGUGUCAUUGGUGAUUCAUGGUUUUUGAAAACUGAUCCUGUUUCUGUAACUUGGCAUUCUUCAAAUGGUGUUAAGAAAGAAUACCAUAAAGAAAUUGUUUCAGCACUUUUGAAAGAUGUUGAGGAUCUAAAUUCAUCAGAUAUAUCAACAACAUCGUCUUAUUCUUAUGGAAAGUUGAUUGCUAGAGCUGCAAGGUUAGCAAUAAUAGCUGAAGAGGUUUUCGUCUUUGAUUUGAUUCCAAAGGUUAAGAUUAAGAUGUUCUUGAAGGAAACUAUUGAGCCUUGGCUUGAUGGAACUUUUAGUGAAAAUGGUUUUCUAUAUGAUAAAAGUUGGGGUGGAAUUGUUACCAGAAAAGAAUGUGAUGAAUCUAACGAUUGUUUAGGUUCGGAAAUUUAUAAUGCUCAGCUUAAUCAUUUAGGAUAUUUCCUUUAUGGUAUUGCUGUUCUUGCUAAACUUGAUCCCGAUUGGGGAAGAAAGUAUAAGCCUCAAGCUUAUGCACUCAUGGAAGAUUUCAUGAACUCCAGCACUUGUUUGAAUCCGAAUUACACGCGCCUAAGAUGUUUUGAUCUUUACAAGCUCCAUUCUUGGGCUGGAGGAUUAGCUGAGUAUGAAAAUGGAAGAUAUCAAAAGGGUAGUAGUGAAGCUAUUAAUGCAUAUUAUUCUGCUACCUUGCUUGGCUUAGCAUAUGGUGAUGCCAAUGUUGUUGCUAUUUGGUCAACCCUAACUGCUUUCGAAAUUCAAGCAUCUAAAAUGUGGUAUCAUGUGAAAGUGGGAGGGAAGCUAUACGAGGAAGAAUUUACAAAACAGAACAGGAUGGUCGGUCUUGUUUGGUCGAAUAAGAGAGAUAUCGAACUUUGGUUUGGUUAUCUUGGUGCUAAACAAUGUUUGCUUGGCAUUCAGGUUUUACCAUUGCUUCCUAUUUCAGAAAUGUUGUUUUCUGAUGUUGAAUUUGUGAAGGAUGUUGUGGAAUGGGUGUUGCCUGAUUUGGAAAGUGAUGGUGUUGGUGAAGGAUGGAAGGGAUUUGUGUAUGCUUUAAAGGGAAUUUAUGAUAAGGGUGAUGCUUUGGAGAAGAUUAGAAAGUUAAGUGGUUUUGAUGAUGGGAAUUCAUUGAGUAAUCUGUUGUGGUGGAUUCACAGCAGAGAUUGAAGUGUGAAUGGUUAUGAUAUUUUGGAAGAAACUUGUAAGAAAGAAAAGGAUAUAAUAUAUUGAUGAUAAAUUA